CUCCACAGGGACCUCUCACCACACCCAGCACUGACAUGCAGCCGCCUCUGGGGUGGGACACGUACAACAGCUGCACCCGGGCGCUCAACGCAACCCCCACCCCUCCCACGGGGAGGCCGCGGCGGAGACGCAGGAAAGCGAGGGGGGGGCUUUCCCGCCCCGACUGUAGCCCCGAGCCCAGGCGCGGGACGUGGCGGCGCGCAGGCUGCGGUGGGCCGGGCCGGGCCGGGCCGGGCCGGGGGAUCGAUCCGGGCCGCCCAGCGGCUGUUCCCAGCUCGGCGAGCCGCGCCCGCUGCAGUCGGGCGGGGCCGGGGGAGGCCGAACGGGACCGAGCCGGCGCACGGGGCCGCGGGUUGUCUUGCCUCGGGCGGCGCGUCCCCGGCGAAGGCUCCUAGCCCCCGGCCGGUGCUCGCCACCAUGGGAGCCGUGAGGGAGCCGCUGCGCCGGGGCGCGCUGGGCUCCUUGCUGCUGCUGCUGCUGCUGGGGCUGUGUGGGGCGCGGGAGGUGCACCUGCCCCCAGGGCCCCUGUUCCGCGUGGAGGGCACGGCCAUCUCCAUCCCCUGCAGCGUCUCGGAGUACGAGGGCCCCACGCUGCAGCACUUCGAGUGGUUCCUGUACCGCCCGACGGCCCCCGAGAUCUCCAUCGGCAUGGUCAGCACCAGGGACCCCGCCUUCCCCUACGCCAUCUUCAGCCCCCGCGUGCAGAGCGGCGAGGUCUCGGUGCAGCGACUGCGCGGCGACGCUGUUGAGCUACGCGUGGCCCGGCUGCGGGCCGAGGACGCCGGCGUCUACGAGUGCUACACGCCCACCACCGACUCCAUGUACCACGGCAACUACAGCAGCAAGGUGGUGCUGAAAGUGAUCCCUGAUAUGCUCUGGGUCUUGGCCCCCGCACCCAGGGCCCCUCUCCGAGGCCGCAUGGCUGGCACCUCCCCGCUGCAGCUCAGCUUGUCGGAGGGCCAGGAGCUGCAGCUGAGCUGCACGGCCCGGAGCCAGACGCAGCAGCACACCCAUCUCUCCGUCUCCUUCGGGGUGUCGGCCCCAGAUGCCCCCGUUGGGCGCCAGACGCUGCAGGAGGUGGUCGGGCUGCGCCGCGACUUUGCCGUGGAAGCUGGCAGGAGCUAUGCCGAGCGGUACCGGGCUGGGGAGCUCUCUGUGGCCAAGGCAGGCAGCGAGCAGUACAAGCUGGCGAUUGGGCAGGUGCGCCCGGGGGACGCGGGCACCUACCACUGCACAGUAGGAGAAUGGAUCCAGGACCCCGACGGCAGCUGGCAGCUGAUUGCCGAGAAGCGGGCAGCGCUGGCUCAGGUGACUGUCCAGUCCAUCGCAAGCCAGUUGGCGGUGUCGGCCAGCCCGCCCGAGGUCCGGCUCAGUGCUGGAGACGCCCUGGAGCUUCUUUGCAACCUAUCAGGCCCUGUGCCGCCUGCGCCCCACGUGGCAUAUGCCGUGAGCUGGGAGGUGGGCGAGGGGGACAGGCUGCUGGUCGCGCAGCUGGACACGGACGGGGUGGCCAUCAUUGGGGAGAGCUAUGCCAACAGCCAAGUGGGCCGGCGCCAAGUCUCGCUGCAGAAGCUGACACCUGCCCCCGGCUCCUACCGGCUGCGGAUCGAGUCAGCCCAGCCAGGGGACGCGGGUACCUACCGCUGCAUGGCCUGGGCCUACAUUCGCUCCCCUGAUGCCCAGCUGCGGGAGGUGGCCAGCAGCCGCUCGCUGGGGCUGAAGGUGCACAUGAAAUCAGAAGCUGUGGUGCUGGAGGUCUACGCGUGGCUGCCCGUCCCCGCCACCUACCGCGGGGACACGGCCGAGCUGCUGUGCAACAUCUCAGUGGAGUCGACCCAGGCCGUCCACGUGGCCGUCAGCUGGUGGGUGGAGGUGACGAUGGGGGAGGAAGAGCCCCAGGGCCGGCUGGUGGCAUCUGUGAGCCGCGAGGGCGUGGCCGAGCUGGGCAGGCGGGCGUCAGGCGGGGACAUGAGUCUGGACAAGGUGGGGCCGCAGUGCCACCGGCUGCGGCUCCACGGGGUGCAGCCGUCCGACGAGGGGAGGUACCACUGUGCCGUCACCUCCUGGGUGCGCUACCCCGACGGCAGCUGGUACAACGCCGGGGCUGUGAAGUCCAACUCUGUCGCCGUGUAUCCCUACGCCCGGGUCAUGGACACCCUGUUCAUCCCCCUCAUCGUGGGCAUCACCAGUGCCCUCUUCACGGGCAUCGCCAUCCUCGCCACCAUCACCUGCUGCUUUAUGAGACAUCUCCGCAAGAGGUGAAGCACGCGGGAGACCGGCCCCAGGGCACUGCAGGUGCCUGCUCCAUCUCGCUUUCCUGCCAGCCUUCACUCAGGCCACUGGGCUCCCCUCUUUUCCCCCCACUUGUGACUUUUGACUUCUUACCUCCCUGGACCAGCUUGGGCAGCUUUUCAGCUCCUUGGACUGCACGCUGGCUUCCUCCUUCAUUUGAGUCAUUCCAUUUUUUUUUCUAAACUCAACCCAGAUCCAGGCAAGCGCCUGGUGAGAGAUGGGAGAGACCUUGGGUCCUGCAUCGGGGCCAAACUUUGCCAUGCCAAGAAGUUGAUGCAUCCAUCUGAGACAUCCAGGCUGGAGACAUCCCUCCCUGGAAGACAUAAGGGACAACGGCACUGCCUCAUCCUGCUCCUGGACUCGCUGCUUCCCUGAUCCUUCCCUCCCCGGCCUCUGUGUCCCGGGGUGGGAGCGUGGGGGCUGCUUUUCCCUCUGGGGCCAGUGCUGCUGGAGACUCUAUAUCCUCCACCCCCUCUGUCCGUAACUCUUGUUCUCCCCUCCCCUACCCUCUUGUGUGUUGGGCUGUCCUGUGGAUCUAGGCAUGUAUGGGCUCUGCCCCUGCCGUGUGCCCAGGGAAAGGGGGUAUCAUUCCCUAGGGGAGGGGCCCAGUGGCUCUAUGCUGUGGGGAACCUGAGACUUGAUCUACUGGAGACCUCAGAGUCAGUAACUUGCUUGUAGCCUAUAAUGUGGACAACAGCCUGCUACUGUUGCCAGCUGAGGGAACUCCUCUAGCCAGAGCAGUAGAGCCUUGUGCUUUAGAGCUGAAGGUCUUGGGUGCAAGCCAUGCUGAGGACCUAUGCUGGGGUCAUGGUUGUGUGACCUCAGGUGACCUGAGAGAGGGGAGGCGUCUGCCUUCGUUUAAGAGAGGAGAGGGACUCUAAUGCCAAAGGACUGAGGGCUCCAGCCUUCCUUGGUCCCCCCUCCCCUUUGAGGUUUUAAUUGCACCCCAGCUCUGCCUUCAGGAAUAGCCGAGCGGCCUCUCCCUGCCACUCCGUGGCUGGAAACACUCAGUACCAGUGGCUGGGCCUGCCCCCAGACCAGUCGCUUUGCAGCCAACAGGUCCGAUCCUGGUAUAUCCCUCAUGCUCACUGCACCUGUGCUCUCAGGCUGAUCUGAUGGCAUUUUACACUGACUGUGAGAAAUCCUGGCCCCACUGAAGUCAAUGGAAAAUCCCCCAUGAUCUGCAGUGGAGCCAGGAUUCCAGCUGUGGUGUAACCAAUGGCAGAAUCCAGCUCACGUAUUUCUCUUAAAGGGACACAUCAGUGGCCAUGGAGUUCGCGUUUGUUAAAUAGAUCCUAAAACCUGAUAUCUGUGGAGAGGGGCUAAAACAAUUGGUGGCAGGUUUUUAGUGAAACUUUCCCCCAGGUCCCUGCAAGAGUGAAAGUGCCCAGGUUGGCAAGAGACAUGCCAAACGAAGGCACAGGGCAGAGGGUGAGAACCGCUGCUGGCGUUGCUUGUCCUUUAUUCUCCUGGGUGCUGGGGAGUCGCCUAGAAUGCCAGGCUUUAGAAAAGAGCGGUUGGUUUUGAUGUUGUGCUUUUAAUGUAACAGGCACACGACAGCCAGGAUUUUUCAAAGCUGCCUGGAAUGUCACUGUUAAAACCAGGGCAAUCGGCCGUACGCGUUGCUGACACUGUUUAGAAAAACCUCUGCCUACGUAAUGGUCGUUCCUGUGACUGGUCUUGGCACAAUGGGGUGUUCCCCAAAAUUACCCUAUCAGACAAGCACAGUAUAGUAUGUGUUGGGAAAUAACACUUUUAUACAGAUAAGCACUAAAUAGAGACAACCACUGUACAUAGAUGUAUAAAUUAUUAGUCUCUUUUUAGAGAUAUAGGAUCAGAUCCUUAUCUGGUGUAAAUCAACAUAGCCCCUUCAAAGGGACGCCACUCGGCAGGAUCGAAUCCUUGCUGUAAGGGGCCAAGCCAUCUGGGCCUGAUGUAGCAAAGCCCUUAAGCAUCUUCUUAACUCGAAAUCGGCCACUUGUUCCAUUGAAGUAACUGGGAGUGCUCCCGUGUUUACAGUUAAACACACGCUUUGCUGAAUGAGGGUGUCUAACCCCAGCAGAGGAUCUGAUCCUGUCUAUCCACAGCGCUAUACAGGGAUCUAGAUAGAUUUAGUAAUGACGGAGUGGUGUAAAAUCUCUAGAGAUCAUCCCAAACCUUUGUCACCAUUUUAUGUUGCAUAUUAGAGAGGGAAGCUGUUUUCCGAAGCUCAGGGUUGAUGUGGAAUGUUUCUAGAAAGUCCAUUUUAUAAACAUUUCCGUUUUGGCUCUCUUGCUAAA